GCUGGCUGCUGCACCAAGCGAGGUGACAACCUUAAGCGACACGGCUGUCUGGUCCUAAGCUUGAGUUUCAUGGCGCCGUGUGUUUCUCACCAGAACUGUGCGCACGUGCAUGAUUGGCCCUCAUUGGGACUCUGCACGCAUUAUGUACGGCACACUAUUCAUUCGAGGGACAGCUGGUGCGCCUCUUGCAGAAGCAGCUCGAUCCCCAAGUCCUUAUUUCUGCUCGGCCUCAGGAGUUGUUCAGCCGUUUGACAGCUUGUCCUUUACGGUGAUACUGCCAGGCCAUGUCGUCACAUACAUACUCAGGUUCUCAGCUCAUGAAGCUGGCAAAAGUCUAGGCCGGACUUGGAAGCAAGUGAUUGGCGCCGUCCCGCUUGAAAUCACAUGUGACAACAACCUUCAAGAACAAAGGCAAGCAAGCAGCAAUAGGGGUAUCAAUUCGGGCUCGCGCCAUCUCGAAGGGGGAAAGGAUGCAUCUCCAGGGUCCAAUAGCACUGCUCCACGUGACCAGCUUUUGCAACAAUCUUUGUACAUAUUGAUCUCAAGAACCAAAAUGACGUGCAUAACAAGGCCGCGAGUCGUCAAAACCUUGAAGACAAGACCAUGCCGAUUAUGAGAUGGACGUCUUUCGGACGGAACCCCUGCCUAAUUCUCGAGUCAACCAUAUUUACACGUGCCAGGGGCAGAUAGAUGACUGCCAGCUUAGUCGGCGUCCCACAGAGCACGGCUUCCGCUCCCUGCAUGCGUGUAUAAAUAUGCAUCGCGCGACUGUUUCCGGGGAUCUGAGGCACGGCAAGGAAUAUGCUAUCUAAUGGGUCCUAUCUCCCGGAGGUCUCUCAAUCUCGUCGUUGAUACAUGAACCAUGCAGCUGG